AAAACGAGGCCAGGGAGACCUCUUCUUCCGGUCGCCAAUUUUUAUGCUGAUUACCGGCUAAUUUUGCCGUACAAUCUAUCCUAAUCUUGCAAAAUUGAAAUAUGGAUCGCCUUUAUUUCAUUGGGUCCCUAUUCUUGGUGUUGUUAGCAUCAUGUUGCGUCGCAAAUCAAGAUACAAUUGACGCUAAUUUGAUAAAUACAAAGGUUGAAAGAACGGUGGACUUGAGCAGUCAUCUAGCAAAAACAACCUCUUCAAUUACCCUGAAAAAUAAUGGGAACACUGCAGUGAAGUCCUUCCUCUUCGUGGUCGAUCCGUCAUUGGCAGGAAAUCUGGCAACAUUGAGUGCCACGGAUAAAGAGGAAGAAGAAAAGUUGAAAGUCAUCCAGACUUCUGUUGCCAAUCAGUUGGGAAAGCAGUUCUGGAGGAUUCAGCUAUACUCUAGUCUCCAGGCUGGCAAAUCUGUCACAGUUGACGUUGAGGCUGUCUUCACUCACACCCAGCGUCCGUACCCCUCACAGAUUAGCCAAGCUGAGAAACAGUUUGUCCAGUUCAGUGGUAACCUGUACUUCUUCUCGCCGUACAAGACCAACAGCCAAACUACAAAAGUUAACCUUGCAUCUAGUACCAUUGAGAAUUAUACCAAGACAAAGCCAGUUUCGUUGACUGACAGCAUCAUCUCGUAUGGACCGUACGAGAAUAAGGAUAGCUUUGUUGAGGGUGAAAUGGUGGUGCAUUAUGAGAACAACACUCCAUUCUUGACAAUAACCAAGAUGACUCGUGUGAUUGAGGUAUCUCACUGGGGUAACAUCGCUGUCGAGGAAACCAUUGACAUGUAUCAUUCCGGUGCCAAGCUGAAGGGAUCCUUCUCACGAUAUGACUAUCAGAGAAACCAGGAUGGUGCAUCAUCAAUCAAAUCUUUUAAAACUAUUUUGCCGUCAUCUGCCCGUGAUGUGUACUACCGUGAUGAGAUUGGCAACAUUUCUACCAGUAACCUGAAGGAACUUGUCGAUUCUGUCGAAGUUGAAUUCAGGCCAAGGUUUCCGCUGUUCGGAGGCUGGAAAACACACUACUACAUUGGAUACAACGUCCCUAGUUAUGAAUAUCUUUACAACAAUGGUGACAAUUACCUGUUGAAGAUGAGGUUUGUUGACCAUGUGUAUGACGAUAUGGUCGUGGAUGAGUUUACCCUGAAAGUCAUUCUUCCAGAAGGCUGCAAAAAUAUGGAGUUUAAGACGCCCUUCCCAACAGAGCGAGGAAAAGAUGAGCUUCAUUUCACUUACCUGGAUACCGUUGGACGCCCCGUCGUCACUGCAACCAAGAAGAACUUGGUUGAAGGACACAUUCAGGACAUCAAGCUGAACUACACAUUCCAGAAAUACAUGCUUCUCCAGGAACCUUUCCUUGUUAUCACAGCUUUUUACCUGCUCUUCUUUGCUGUCAUAAUCUAUGUCAGGCUUGAUUUCUCGAUCACUAAGGAUGAGGUCAGUGAGACUCGUAUGCGUGUUACAAGUUCUGUUGAGCAAGUUCAGAGCACCCAUGACAAACGCAGUGCUCUCUAUCAGAGCUAUGCUGAUGCCAUCAACAAGUACAAGGCAAACAAGGACACAACAAGCUUCCAUGCCAACCGUAAGAAGAUCGAUGCAGACCACAAGAAUCUCACACAGCAGAUUGGCGCCCUGCAGGCUAAAUUGAAAGCAGACAAUGCCGAUGUUGGAGAGAAGAUUGCCGAGAUCCAGAAGCUCGACCUGCUGUAUCGUGACCAAGUCAACCAGGCUGUUACCUUCGCUGAAAAGCUCGUCGCUGGCAAAUUGAACAAGUCUCAAUAUUUGGAGAAUGAGGCAAGCAAUGAAAACAAGAAGGAUGAUAUCCUCCAGAAGAUGGAAGCUAUCCUCUCUGUAUUGUAAAUAAUCAGACAUGCUGCAUUGUAAAUUGUCUGUCUUGAUCAUUUCUAAAAGGGGAAUCUUUGCCUGAAUAGAACCAAUCAAAGAAUCAACAAGGUCUGGGAGCUUAGUGUGGUAAAUUCGUACAGCUUUUCAUCGCUGUUUUAGCUGUAAGUUCCUGUCAAGUAGGUUUUUCAGUGCUUAGUCAAUGUCUUUGAAAUUUAAAAACUCUGGUUAAAGCAGGUACAAAUCAUUUGUACGGUUCUCUUUAAUGAAAUGCCAAGUGGAGAAGACAGUGCAGCUUGUGAUUCCUGAUUUAUAAUAUCCUACAAAGAUUUGUAGGGGCUUUUUAACAAAUAAAUACAUGUAUAAUCAAGACUGAAUUGGAUGAAUUAUCAAUUGCUUAUUGAGUUUUUCUAUCGUAAUCGUACCGAAAGAGGUAGUUUCUUUGUUAUUAAGAAUAGCAAGCAUCUGUAAUCACAAACUCUAGUUAUGGCCCGACACUUAAGCUUUUCUUUUUUAAUUUUCUUAUUUUGAGUAUUGACGGUUGGUGUUAUUGUUGUGGUCAAUGUGUCGAACAGAAUUCUCUCUACUGAAAAGUGUUUAUUGCUCAGCACUUUCAAGAACCACACGGUACUUUGGCGUUGAAUACGCUAAAUCAUCUAUAUCAUUGUUUUACAAUGCUAUAUCCAGGAAUUUACCAUAUCAAAACUUGAUACACUCUUUUGAUUACCGUCCUCCAAAAACCGUGCUGAGAAAAUCGUGUGUCCUGACAUUAGUAAAUUGCUGUAAUGUAAGAUUGUUGUAAUAUUUUGACCGGAAGAAGGACCAUUCCAUGUCUUGUGCUUUAUAUGAUGCUGAAUAAAACUUUUGAGUCUA